UCACUUAUAGCAUCGCUAUGGCUUUUCUGGCGCAUUCGAAUUGACUGGGAGAGCCUCGAUCGAAGGUUAAUCGACGGAAUCCACUUCGAGUAGUGCAUGAAUACGCGAAUACUCAAGUACUCAUAUAGACGAAUCAGGAGUCGGGAUUCGUGGAGUUCGAGACUCUCUCGAAAAUCCCGUCCGGAGCUUGUCAGGAAACGUCCAGUUCCUGUCGCCCCGGGAGGAGAAUGGCUCAACCAUGUUGCAAGCCGCGAUUUCUGCUCGCCCGCUCUCUCUUCGUGCUCGUCGUCCCCACAGUCACUCCUCGUCGCGCAAAUCUCGCCUGCUGCAAAGGAGGCACGACUCGUGCGAGGCAUAGGAAUCAUAAGAAUGCGAGUUCGCCUCGCUGGCAUACGCUCGCUUCGCGCCACAAAUUUGAAGAGCUUCCUUUUCCUCCUCAUCGUCGCUCUCGCUUUUGGAAAGCGUGUCCGCCACUCGAAGGCCUGUGCGGCUAGCUGCGACGAAAUUCCUUUUCCGAAUCGGCAUCCGUGAAAGACCGAUCUGGUGUUGACGGAAUCCGUCAAACCUGAACUGAAAGGCGCGAGUCACGUGACGGAGUCAGGAAAGGCUAACUUGCGCACCCAUACUCCCUGACCGCCAUUAGCCUGUUGACACGUGUCAGCCAGCUGUCCUUAUCCAUUGAGCGAGCAUGGCUGUUGACGUGGCAUCCAUGUCAGCGGGCGAACUGGAGGCCGUGUGGCUGAGGCGAGCGGGCAUGAGGAGCGACCUGACUGUGACUAUACCGGGAGUGACUGUAUCCGGAGUGUCUUUCAACGUUCACAAGUACCCUCUAUACGCACGCACUGACUUUUUCCAGGAAUCGUCUUCGGAGGAUCCGGAUUCAGGCCGCAACGUCAUUGACCUCUCGGGCUUGCCGGGAAGCGAGAGGUCGUUCAAGCAGGUCGCUAGCUUCUGCUACGGAAUGGAUUUCAAGAUCUCACCUCUUGACGCUCCUGCCCUCGCGUGUGCCGCCGCAUUCCUUGGAAUGACGGACGACACUCGCAAGGGCAUGGGCAAGUACCGGGUUAACCUGCUGUCCUUCACGGCUGCUGCCAUCGCAGGCAUGCUGAAACACGCCGACUCCGCCCUUGCUGUGCUGCGAGGCUGUGCCGGGCUGCUGACUGAAGCAGACGCUCUAGGAAUCGUGGAGGAGGCAGCAAACCGGCUGGCCGAGCAUGCGGUUACCAGCCACAACCUUUCCACCUCAGCAAUUCACACUGGUGACGCCAUUGCUCUUCUGCCUCUGGACAUCUUUCAGCGCCUUCUUGCCAAGUUCAAGGAAAAAAAUCUGCCCGAAAGGGAAAUCGGCAGCGCCAUUGCCUACUAUGCGCAGCACAACCUGCCCGACCCAAAAUCCCUCUCCUCCCUCUCCUACUCGUCCGACCCUCCCCCUUCCUCCUCCACCACCCCCUCCUCCUCCCCAUCCUCCUCCUCCUCUCUCCCCGCCCUGUCGCUCUCCCCCGCUCACAACCGCCGGGUGUUAGAGGGGCUCACGUCUGCCCUGCCUGCUGGUGCUGGCAGCAUGCCCAUGCAACCCCUCCUGGGGCUGCUGCGCUGUGCCAUAGUGCUGAAUGCAAGCGAAGGGGUCAAGGGGACCCUGCAGCGCCGAGCGGGUGCUCUCUUCACAGACGCCUCUCUGGAUGACCUUCUCAUGUUGGAGAUCAGCGACGUGCAGGGGCUGCUGCACGGAUUCACCUCGGAGGAGCAUCUUGGCACCCUGCCUGAUCGCUCACAAGCUCUCCAGGCAGCAGCAUCACUCAUCGAUUCUUUCCUCCUCCACCUCUCCUCCCCUCCCACCGCUGACCCUGAUGCUGCGGAUGGUGUUGGGAAUGCUGCUGCUGCUGCCACCGGUGCUUCUAGUGCUUCUGCUGGUCUCUUUUCAGCCACCACUGCUGGUGCUCGAGCAAAGAAAGAAGCAGCUUAUAUCGAGGACAAGGCUGCCAGGGCUGCCAUGGAUGGCUCUGGUUCUGACACUCAGUCUCAGUCUCAAGCCUUCCAGCCGCUCCUGAGUGUUGUAGAGUUCAAACAUCUGGUCACUGCCCUCCCUGCCGAUGCCAGGCUUUCCCAUGACUCACUGUUUAAGGCGGUAACAGCCUACGUGACAGCUGUCGGCACAGGAUUGGCUGACUGGGAGGUGGUAACCCUGGUGGGGCUGGUGACCCCCUCCCGCCUCUCCCCCUCGGCCAUGGACGCUGCUGCUGCCUGCACGCUACUGCCACUGCCGUUUCUCGUUGCCGUGCUGCGAAUUCAAAAGCAGGAAGCAAGGGCGCUGUUCCAGCAGCAGCAGCGACAGGUGGCAGCAGAGGAGGCAGAGACACAGAGGGCGGAGGCAGCAGUGGGCGAGUUGAGGGGGCGGGUGCAGGCAAUGCGGGGGAGGAAGAGGGAAGUGCAGAGGGAGCUGCAGGUGGUAAAGGCUGCUCUGCUGGAGGACCACAGGGCGCUGCAGACCGAGCUUGCAGAGGCAGAGGCGCGCAAGGCUGCUCUGGAGCGGCAGCUGAGGAGCGCCGCUGCUGUGGCUGCGCAAUAGAGACUGUUCGGGCUGCACGUUUGGGGUGCGGAAUGUCUUGGCUGCUGCUCUGUGCGGCAGGCUGCAGAGGCACGCAAGGCUGCACUGGAGCAGCAGCUGAGGAACGCCGCUGCUGUGGCUGCACUCUAGAUGGGGUUAAGGUGGCUGCUCGUUAGAAGUGUCUGGCAAUGCUACUGUCUGUGCAUCAGAGGCGUGCUGUGGCUGUGGGGCAGAUGCAGAGACGCGGAAGGCCGCUCUGGAGCAGUAGCUUAGGACCGCUGCUGCUCAUUGGAGGUGCCUGCAGUGUCUGGCGGUGGUGUGGUGUGGUGGUGCGGCAGGGCGGUGGUCAAGAGGCGUGCAAGGCUGUUCUGGAGCGGCAGCUGAGGAACACCGCUUCUGUGGCUGCACGCUUGAAGGGGUUAAAGGGGCUGCUGUGGGUUAGACGGGUCAGGCAGCGCUAGGGUGUGUGCAUCAGGGCUGUGGUGCAGAGGCAGAGGCUCGCAAGGGUGCUCUGGAGCAGCAGCUGAGGAACGCUGCUGCGGUGGCUGCCGCUCGUUACAAGGGGUGUUGCCAGGGCUGCUGCUGUUGCCAUGGCUGUUGCUGUGCCUGCUAGCUAGAAGUGUCUGGCAAUGCUUCUGGUAUGAGACUGCCUUGUGGAGGCGCGCAAGGCUGCACUGGAGCAGCAGCUGAGGAACGCUGCUGCUGUGGCUGCGCACUUGGGGGUGUGGUGUCUUGGCUGCUGCUGUGUGUGGUGGGCGGCUGAGGCAGAGGCUUUAAGACUGCACUGGAGCAGCAGCUCAGGAACGCUGCUGCUGUGGCUGCACGCUAAGAGGAUUGACACGCUGUGGGCGCUGAGGGAUGGUAGGGGCGCUGCUGUGGCUGCCUGGAGCGUCGGAUGGUUGAUGGUUGGGGGAGGGAUGGUUCUGUGGUGUGUCUAGGCAUGUACAGGGGCGGAUACCCAGUCAGAGAGGCUGUGGGUAGUGCAGUUUACUACUGGCUUGAAGGCACUUGCAGCUUUUGCCCUCUCUAGUAGAUGUGUGUGUACAUACAGCAUCACUAUCUUGUGUAUCUUGUAUGAAGUGGCAGUACAG